AUGAAACCAAGCACUCUACUAGGUUUGUGCGGCUAUGUCGCUGCAGCCAGUUUGGACUUGUCGCUAACUAGCAAUUGGGGAACCUCGUCCUUCUUUGUCCAGUUGGUGGAGUCGGUGGCUGGCCGCAAUGAAAGUCUCUAUGUUCCAGUAAUUAGAGCCAUGAUCUUACAAGAAGACGGCGAAAUGGACGACUGGGAAGAUGACAUGGAUGGAUUUGGAGACGAUAGUAACGAAUCGACUGAGGUGCCUGUGGUGACGGAUCGUGAUCUCUACGCAAAAGCUGUGUCGCAUCUCUCACUGGUAGAUGUUGGACUCACCAACUUGAACUUGGUGAACAAGUUGUAUUCUCCCAGAAUUGAGGCUCACUACCUGCAUUUCAGAAAUGAAAUUGAACCAAAUCAAGCUGCUGCUGUUGCAAAAAAGUGUUCUGUUGACUCCUUCGGCGAGCCUCUUGAGUCUCCCUUGGGUGCAUGGGUCAAGUAUGGAGACAGAAUCUAUUGCUCGGAAAGCGACUUGUACGCAUUGCAGACUUCCAAAUUCUCCGAGAAUGUAUUUACUUUCGAUAGAGUUGUUGGCCACGAAGGUCCUUUGUUGGUAUUAUAUGGAGAUCCAGACUGCAGUAGAUUUGCUGGAAUGUUCAAUACUCUACUUCAGUUUGCUGAGUCUGGCCGGCUUAGAUUCACAUGGAGAUAUGUUCCCAAUAAAGACACAGACUCAUCCACAUUGAGUGGUUACGGAGUGUCGUUAGUGGCGAAGGAUAAGCGUGAAAAGAGUAUUGCUGGGAGCAAGCCAGUGGGUAAAAUCAUGAAGUAUCUCAAGGCAAAGACCAAAGAUUCCUAUUUGACAGAGAUUCCAGAAGACAGACUAUACGAGCUUUCAUUGAAAGUUGCUUGUUACGUUCUUCAAGAGCCCAAAAAUCCAGAGAAUUUACUCAAAGAAAUCCUACACAACCUUCCAUUGUAUGCCUCAUCCUUACUUGAAGCAGCAGCACCUCCUAAUUACGGGGAUGUGAAGGCUAGCGCUGCUCAAAACGAGAAAAAGGGCGCAGGCUAUGAAUCAGUGGGGUUAUACAUUAACGGUGCCAUGACCCAUAGACUUGAAACUGACCUACCCAACAUCGUUCAGAAACUCACACACGAGGUUGCAUUAAUUGAAGAAAUGGUUGGAUACGGAUUCAGUGAAGCGCAGGCAAAGCUUAUUUUCUCUAAGUUUGCCCUCUUAAGUGCCUUCAAGGAGGCAGAGUUCCGUACUGGUUCUUCCGACAACAGGUUUGCCGUAUACCGGGAUAUACAUGUACCAGGGGAUGCCAAUUCGGGUGGUGUUGUUUUCUUCAAUGAUAUCCAGAAUGACGAUUCUUACAACUUAUUUUAUGAGGAUCGUAAGGAAGCAUAUCUUGAAACUGCACUGCAACUUCGAGUGGGCCAAAUCCCCUCUCUUCGAGAGAACGUUCACGACAUUAUUUUCGUGUUGAACUUUUCCAACAGGAACCAAUUGAAAGUCUUCUUUAUGCUUUCAAAGGUAAUUCUAGACCGUGCAUUACCACAACAACUUGGAGUGAUUCCCAUUGUUGAAAACGAAAAGGAUGCUUUGAUAGCAGAGAAAUUUUAUUAUAUCAUGAAAGUUGGCGAACCUAAAGAAGCUUUGGCUUUCUUGUACAAGUAUUAUGAAGCUCUGGCUGACACUGAAGAUGAUUUACUAAACAAAGUGGACAUCCCUCUCGAUGAAUCGGCCCUGCUCCAUCACUACAAGAGAACAAUCAAUAAGUACUCCAUAACUGAACCCUCUGUGAUAAUUAAUGGUGUCAUCCACAACAUGAGAUCAAGUAAUUGGCAGGCAGCAAUGGGUAAGCAGAUCGCACACGAUGUGCGUUUAUUGCAGCAGAAAAUCAGAAAUGAACUCGAUGUGGGGACUCCAUUGAAAGAUAUCCUAUAUGAAGAUGCUAAGACUAUCAGAAACACCAGAGUUGUGCCCUUGGAUCCAGCUAACAUUCGUUACAAAAAGGUUUCUCAUGAAAUGCUUUCGAAAGCUCACACUUUUACUACUGUUCAAGAUACUGGCGCGGUUUCAGAAAUCUCUGGAACCUUCUGGUUGAUUGGAGACUUCAAUUCCUAUGUGAUAUUGAGGCAGUUAGUGGCUAUAUUGAAAUUCAUGGAUUACACGCUGAAACCACUUCAAAUCAAAGUCUUGCUGACGUACAAAUCCGAUCUACUUGCUCUGCUUUCAGAUGAAUAUCAAGGUACGUUGACUUCAAAGAUGAUUACUGAGAUAAUUUCAAAAGUUGAAAGUACACAAUCUUCAGACUCUGAAAUAGAUUAUGAAAUUCGCUCUUUGUUGGAGAGAAAUCACAUCCAAGUUCAUCUGCCCAGCUUGCUCUUCAACUCGCGAUACUUUAGAUUAAGUACGGUGAUGAGUCAAGAUGACUUGCAAUUACUUUUGGAAUACGAAUUUUCUCAGAGACUUGGCAUUUUUGAUGAGAUAACCAACGCAUAUCCAGAUUCGUUUCUGUGGAAGCCAGUGAUGAAAUUCAAAAAGGAAAGAAAACUUUCUGGUUUGGAUUGGUUCGACUUAGUAUCUUCGACUGUCAGCAACUCCUUUUUCCUUGAAGAUUCAAUACUCCUCUCAGAUGUGUCACGAUUUGAUUUCAGUUCAUUAAAUUAUCAAAACUCCGUGGAUUUGACAGGUUACGAUGCCAAGAAGCCAAUUGACAUUCUAGUAAUUAUUGACCCUCUUGAUGAAUUUUCUCAGAAGUUGGUUUCGAUCUCCAAGUCCUUGUCUGACCUUCCGUUUGUUAAUGCUCUUAUUCUUAUUGUUCCGCUUGAAAAUGAGGGUAAAUCGUACAAAUUGGACAGGUUUUACAACGAUGCCUUCACUAGAUCCAAACCCGAAUUCGACAAUGAGGGUAGUCUUGUUGAAGCAGGAAAGGUGCAUUUUGAUUCUCUACCUUCAAAAGUUCACUUUACGGCCGAACUCGAUAUUCCGUCGAGAUGGUAUGCGAUUAAAGGAAAGGAUUCAGAUCUUGUUGACUUGUCAUCCUUCAAAGUCGACAAAGAUAUCCUGGUCGAGUACAAUUUAACUAAGCUCAUUGUUGAAGGUUAUGUCAAGGAUGUUCUUACCGCCAAGUCAAUUCCGGGCUUGACAAUUGAGGCUAGCAAGGGAAUAGAAAAAGCUGAGGGCUACACUUUGCAGAAUUUGGGUUACAUGCAAUUGCAACUCAGUCCGGGGGAGUGGCAGUUACUGUUGAAGAAAGGAAGCAGCAAGGAUUACUAUGACUUAUUGUCUGCGAAUGAUAACAAGUACGAUGCUAAUGACGAAGGUAUUGAGUCAACACAAAUUCUUGUUUCUUCUCUAUCGGGAACAGUGAUUCAUCCCAGAAUCAGCAAGAAGGAUAAAUAUCCUUCGGACGAUGCCUUUUCUACCCCAAUUAAGAAAACUAAGACAUCUAGUGCUGACAUCAACGUGUUCAGCAUUGCCAGCGGACACACCUACGAGAACUUGAUGUCCAUUAUGAUGCUUUCUGUGAAGAGGCACACGAAGAAAUCCGUCAAAUUCUGGCUCUUGGAAAACUUCCUCAGCACACAUUUCACUGAACAGCUUCCGCUCAUGGCAAAAGAGUAUGGGUUCGAAUAUGAGUUAGUUCGCUACAAGUGGCCACUCUGGCUCCGCAUGCAAUCACAGCUCCAUAGAAGUGUCUGGGGUUUCAAAAUAUUGUUCCUUGACGCCUUGUUCCCUGCAAGUCUAGAGAAAGUGAUAUUCGUUGAUGCCGAUCAAAUCGCCAGAACUGAUUUGAGUGCACUUGCUAACUUGGACUUAGAAGGCGCAGCCUACGGAUUUCCACCCAUGUGCGAGUCCAGGGAUGACAUGGAAGGCUACCGGUUCUGGAAACAAGGGUACUGGAAAGAGGUUUUGCAAGAAGAUCUCAAGUACCAUAUCAGUGCACUUUACGUAGUAGACCUAAAGCAAUUCCGUCGAAACCUUGUCGGAGAUCGCCUUCGGACACAUUACCAGAAAUUGUCGUCGGAUCCUAAUUCAUUAUCAAACUUAGACCAAGAUUUGCCAAACAAUUUGCAACGUCAGGUGCCAAUCUUCAGUUUACCUCAAGACUGGUUAUGGUGCGAAACGUGGUGCUCAGCUGAACUGAAAAACCAGGCAAAAAUGAUCGACUUGUGCAAUGAUCCAACAAGUUCAGAGGGUAAGUUACAGCGAGCAAGACGUCUGAUUCCAGAAUGGGAGGGCUACAGCAAAGAGUUACAGAAGUUGGGCAAAGGACAUUUAGGCACAUUCCAUGAUGAACUCUAA